UGUUCAAUAACAUCAUCAACAUAUGGUAAAUAUAUCAAAAUUGAACCCAUCUUUCAUCAGGUAUGUUCAAGUCAAUUUAUUUCAAAUGAAUGGCGAAUAAAUAUUACAACUGGUCUUCUUUCCAAUCUAUCCAAUUAUGACCGAAAAGAUUAUCGUCGUUUUCUAUCAGCUCAUUUACAAUAUCUUGCCGGAUUAUGUGAUCUUUCUAAUCAAUCAGUUAAUGCUUUCAUUCAACAAUUUCUUUCUUCAUUAUUUGUUACUAUUGAACUUCUACCGCAACCAGCUUUAAAUACACAAAUGGAAGCACUUAUUGAAGAAAAUAAAUCAAAUGCUCCUAUGAUGCUUCUUCGCCUUCUCUCUUUACAUAGAGAUAUUAAUCAUGGUAAUGCUAUCAUAUCAGCUUAUGGAACAAAUUACGAAUAUCUCUUACCUGAAAGAUCUGAAAAUAUAAUUGCUGAUUAUGUAAUGCGAACUCAAGGAAUUGUUUAUGAUAAUAAUUGUUCAUGUGCAUUAAAUGCAAGUUGUACUACAUCAGCUAGUUUUAUUCAAACAAAUUCAUCAGAAACUGUUCCAAUCCAAGGAUUAAGAAUGGGUUGUACUCCAACUGAAUCACUCUUUGCUUCAACACUUGAAUGUUUUUAUAAUUUAUCAUGUAUCAAUCUCAUUUAUGAACAUAUUAAUUACUCAAGUAAUGUCAAUAAUACAAAUGUUCUUGAACCUCCUUCAAUAGAUACACCUGUCAUUGAUCUAAUUAAUAAACUUUUUAUUGACAAUUGGUCUAUAACAAUUAAUUAUACGUUAUAUUUUAAUCAAUGUUUACCAACAGUAUGUUCCUACACUUAUAUUCAAAAAUUAAAUUCACUUUAUACAAUAACUCGUCUACUUGGUCUCUGUGGUGGUCUUACUGUUGUUCUCACAUGGAUUUGUCCAACAUUUAUGUGUUUACUAGCAAAAAUUUAUGAACGUUGUAAGAAGAAGCGAAUCAAUCGUAUUGAACCAGUUUAUUUUAUUCCUACUGAAAAUAAUGAAGUAACAAGAAAUGCACAUGACAUUAACCAAGUCGAUAAUACUUAUCCAUCAAUUAAAGCAAUUGUAAUCUUAAGGUAUCGAUUACAACGUCAUACUGUUUUUUGUGGAAUUAGUUUGUUCAUACUACUGAUAACAAUCGUUACCAUUCCAUCUGUUUACUUUACUCAACGAGAAAAGAAUACUUCUGUAUCAACAGUUUCAAUGAUGAAUACAACUAUUCCGUCGGUGAAUGAAAACGUAUUGGAAACAACACCGUUUGUUCUAGAAAAAACCUGCCAGUUAACAUUUGAAUUAAGUGUUAUUUCUUCAUAUGAUUCUUCCUCUUGGCCGUAUUUUAUUAGUAUCGGUGAUUUUAAUGAAGAUACUUAUUUAGAUCUUGUUAUUCUUGUUACCUUCGAUAACAAUAUAGAUGUACUAUUAAAUAGUGGUAAUAAAACCUUUGAAGAAUACUUAAAUCUUUCGAAUACAGUUGCAAUUUAUGGAAAUUACAUUAUUGUAGCGGAUGUUAAUAAUGAUAGUCGAUUAGAUCUGAUUAAUGAUAGUCAUUUUACAAACGAGCUGCAAGUCCUAUUUGGCAUCGGUAAUGGAUCGUUUGAACAAUCGUCAAUAGUUUCACCUGGACCAUCUAAUAAUUCGUGGUCAAUGGCUAUUGGUGAUUUCAAUGGUGAUGAUCGAUUAGAUGUUAUCAGUUCUGAUUAUGCCGAAUCAUACGUAGGUAUCGUGUUUGGUGUUAGUAAUGGAUCGUUUGAAAAUCUAAUGACAUUGUCGACUGGAAAUAACAGUAUUCUGUCAACAGUAGUCGUCGGUGAUUUUAAUAAUGAUCAACGAUUAGAUUUUGUUGUUGUUGAUGAAGCAUCUCAGGAUAAUAUUUAUCUAUUUCUUGGCCACGGUACUGGUAAAUUUCAAAAUCAAACAACUUUAUCAAUGCCAUAUCGAAGUGUUUUAGGAUCACAUCUUGCUGCUGAUUUCAAUAAUGAUGAUUACUUAGAUAUUGCUAUUUUUGAUUUAACAAAUCGUCAAUUAGAUGUCUUUCUUGGUAAGGGUGAUGCGAGUUUCCGACCAAUGUUAACAUUUACGACAGGACAUUAUAAUAUUCCAGAAUCAAUGGUUGCUGCAGAUUUUAAUGGUGAUCAAUAUUUAGAUAUAGCUUUUACCAAUGAUUAUACAGCUGACGUAGGGAUAAUGAUUAACAAUGGUAACGGAACCUUUAGAGCACAAAUACAUUACUCAAUUGGAACUGUUAGUACUCCACAAAUGUUGACUGUUGGUGAUUUUAACAAUGACGGACGAUCAGAUUUGGUUGUAGCUACUUAUCCACCAGGACAAUUGAUUAUUCUUUGGAAUACUUGUGAAUGUUGUUCUUCAACUAAUUCAGACUAA